ACGUCUUGUGUUUGGUGUUGCCUAGCAUAAUUUAACAACAAAAAAGUAUGAAAACGGAGACGUUUUAACAAUAAAUCAAUAAAUAUAAAUAUUACUGUAAACAUCAAAAAAAAAUUAAGUGAAGACAAUAUAAUGGGGAGUUCCAUUAUUUUCUUAAGUAGUGGAUAUCUGUGUCUCUCCGCUGUGCCAAUAUCAUUAUGGAUAAAUUAUAAUAAUUCACAGGCUCUGGCUUAAAAUAUCUGCUUUCAUUACAAUAGGAUUUUUAUACCGCACCUUAAUUAAUUAUUUAUAAAUCUUUGGUUUUGUAUAAUAGAAAUGGUAUUAUUUCUUGGUAGAAAAGUUAUUAAGUUGGCAACAUAGACUCUUCUUUGUCAACGAGUGAGAAAUACAUGUCUUUGUUUUCGUUUGCAAAAAUUCUUGUCGAAGCGUCGUUGCUUUGUUAUGAAUUGUGCAGUUUUUGUUUUUAAAGAAGAGAAUAAAAGAUAUAAAAGUGCUCGCGAUAUUAACUUCCAAGUUAAAAAUGUCAUCCAGCGAGACUCAGAAGCCUGAGUCUUCUAAGGAUAAUAUAUCAAGCAAUUCGAUCGAUGAAGGUUUGCCAAGGGAACUGAGUCAGUUAAGUCUCUCGAGUGGAUCCAGCCAGGAUGAAUUCUUUUGUGACACAGGACACUCAGGGGCAGCCUUAAAAAAUAUUUUCGGCUAUUACCAAUCUCAGAAAUUGUGCGAUGUCGUCCUCAUUGCAGGUGGAUGCAGAAUACCAGCACAUAAAAUACUGCUUGCAUCAUGCAGUGAGUACUUUGCAGCCAUGUUCACUGGCUCCUUGCGAGAAGCUCAGUCCAGUGAAAUAACUCUUGAGAGAGUUGAUCCUCAAGCUCUACAGGAUCUAGUGCACUAUUGUUACACUGGCACAAUAGAGCUGAGAGAGGAAACAGUUGAGGUGCUCCUUUCAACGUCGAGCUUGUUGCAGCUUAAUUCUGUUACAAAUGCUUGUUGCGCUUUCUUAAAGAAGCAGCUAGACCCGUGCAACUGCCUGGGUAUAGCCUUGUUUGCUGAACAACAGUCAUGUCUGGAUUUACACAAAAGCGCUUUAAAAUACACUUACCAAAACUUCAUGCAGGUGGUAAAACAUCAAGAGUUCCUAUCGCUGCAGUCAGACCAGCUGUCCAGUUUAUUAAAAUCUGAUGACCUCAAUGUAGUUACUGAGGAAAAUGUAUUUGAGAGCUUGAUGACUUGGGUUCAGCAUGAUAGCGCUACCAGAGAAUGCCAUUUGUCCACUUUACUGAAGCUUAUUAAGCUGCCUCUUCUUUCAUCUGAGUACCUUAUUGACAAGGUGGAACAGGCUUGUGGAAAUGUACCAGAAUGCCAGCCCCUCAUCAUGGAGGCUGUCAAGUGGCACCUGUUGCCUGAAAGAAGGUCGCUCCUAUUCUCACACAGAACCCGACCACGGACAUCGACUAUUGGACGGCUUUUGGCUAUUGGCGGCAUGGACGGAUAUAAGGGCGCCAGUAACAUGGAGAUGUACGACCCUCGAACGAACACAUGGACGCCAUUUAUGCGUAUGGGAGCCAGGAGACUGCAAUUUGGUGUUGCAGUCAUGCAAAACAAACUUAUCGUUGUUGGCGGCAGAGAUGGACUUAAAACUUUAAAUACGGUUGAAUGCUUCGAUUUAACGUCUCUGAGCUGGAGUGUGCUGGCUCCUAUGAACACCCAUCGGCACGGACUUGGUGUCGCAGUUUUAGGCGAUGGACCUAAUUCGCCUGUCUACGCCGUGGGUGGUCACGAUGGAUGGAUAUAUUUAAAUUCUGUUGAAAGAUGGGACGCGUGUUCCCGAACAUGGACGAUCGUAUCUCCGAUGACGGGGGCGCGUAGUACGUGCGGUGUGGCGGCACUACGCGGCCGUCUCUACGCAGUGGGCGGUCGGGACGGCGGGGCAUGUCUGCGCUCCGUCGAGUGCUACGACCCAGCCACCAACCACUGGACCAACUGCGCACCUAUGACCAGGCGACGCGGAGGAGUUAGCGUUUGUGCAGCAGGUGGCUACUUAUACGCCCUGGGAGGUCACGAGGCGCCCGCCAACACUGUCGGCGGCCGCCUGGCCUGUGUCGAGCGAUAUGAUCCUGUAGCAGACACUUGGAUUCUUUUAGCACGCCUCUCUUAUGGCCGAGAUGCUAUUGGCUCUUGUCUACUUGGAGACCGAAUUGUUGCUGUUGGUGGAUAUGACGGAGUCCAAUAUCUGUGCGUGGUAGAGGUAUAUGAUUCUGAGUCCAACUGCUGGCGUAAAUUGGCUCCUCUGAGCACUGGACGAGCUGGCGCCGCCGUGGUUUCCGUACCGCCGCCCAAAAAUGUCUUCUGAUAUAACGCCAUCCGCCGGCCGGUGGAUACUGCAAAAUUUGUUCCGAUAUUCUCAAUGUCUGACCCAGAAGAUGAUGAUGACUAUUAAAUACCGUUUACAUUCAAACAAAAUGAUUUCUUAAGAUUAAUUGAUAUCGUAUUUGAUCUUUGUAUGGUUAAUAAAAUCGCUCGUUAGUGACAAUUAGUAAUUUUGGAAAAAGGCGUUGUCCGAGAUAAAUAAUACCUAAAAGAUAAUAUAAAAAAUAAAGACUAGAUUCUAUUUCAGCUAAAUUGUAAAUUCAUAACUGUCGGAUUUCAUAUUAGCAGUGAUGUGUUAAAUAAAUAAUUCCCUCUUGGUAAGAUUAGGCAUGUUCAAUAAUCAUAUCAUCAUAUUUUAUAUUUCAUGAAUAUCAUAAUUAAUGUAAUCAACUUAAUGUAACCAUAAUAAUGAUUCUUUAUGUAUUGCGUUGUGAAGUAAUGGCAACCAAUUUUCAUUUCGAUCUCAAUAUCAAAGUCAAAUUGAAUGAUAGUGACUUAAUGUUCUAAUAAUGUUAGUUAAUGAUCUUUUAUGUACCACCUAUACGUAUUUCGUAUAGUAUGGGUAAAUGUUGGAACACUUUUUCAAAAGGAGUUUGCUUUGAUCUUUUUUAAUUUGCAAGACUGUAUAACAAAUGUUUGAUUCCAUUAUCGAAUUUAAAGGCUUAAACUAGACUUUUCUUAAUUAAUAGGUGUUAAAAAAAUUAGGUACAUUUUCGGCUUGGUGUAUGUUAUUUGAGAAUCGUAAUAUUACUAUAUUCACUUGUAUUUUUCGAUAGAUUUCUUAAUGUAGGUACCCAAUGGUAGAAUAUGGGACCUGUUUCACCACUUCCGAUUUUCUGUUUGCGUAACUGACACAUUGAAUGUGGAAUGAUCCACUAGUUACGAUUAAUCGAAAUUUUUGAGGUGGUGAAACAGAUCCUAAAGUUCUUAAGUGUAUAUUUGAAAUAUAGUUUGGUUAUAACAAUUAUUAUAAGCUGUUAAAGAACAUAAGAAAAUGUUCUUAAUCGGUACUUAACUGAUCUCAGUACUAAGAAUGCAAAAUAAAUAUAUAGGAGUUUUUAGAUUUAGUUGUACCUAUAUUUUACAUAAGAUCCCGGUCCAAAUCUUUCAUUGACUUAAACUUCUUGAAAUAAAUAUUUUUUGAAAGGAUACGAAAGAAAUUCUAUUUUAAAAUUACAAAAGAGUAUAAGCUUCUUUGAUAAGAUUAUACAAAAAUGUUUUAAUUGUUAUUUAUUGGAUUUUAUAGAUGGACAGCGAUGUGAAAUUGUAUGAACUUUAUUUAUUUUAUAGAUGUUUUAUUUUAUUUACAUUAUACAUAAAGAUUGGUAUGUGGUUGUGAAUGAAGCUCGAAUAAUUAAUCGGUGGAUAGAAAAUUUUGAAAAAUGCAGUCUCUUCUUCAUUUUAAUGUGUAUCUAAAUCUGUUAUAUUAUAUAUUACGACUUCAAUUAUGUUCUUUUUUACUAUCGCUAGAUUAUUUUAUAAAAGAUAAUAAUAUUGUUGUAUUGUAAUUAUGACAAAAUUAUUGAGUGAUAAAAAUUAACUAUUAAUAAACUUUAGGUCCCCUCUCUCCCCAAUUAGAUCUUUACGAAAUAUGUGUAAUUCAUAUUCUAUUGAUAUUCUCGCGUAUAUGUAAUCAUUUGUGACAUUUAGUAUGGAGAUAAUAGUAAUUUGUAUGAUUCUUCCACACUGCUAUUAAAAAAAAUUUACCAGCAAUGUGUAAGCAUCGGUAGAAAUAAAUACCAUAACGAUUAACUAUAAAUUUUGAAGCCAAUUUUGAACAGUAUUAAUUUACAUUUAUUUUUUUACUGAAGUAUUUUUCACUUGGUUCUGUAUUUUUAUAAGUUAGGGGGCCACACUGUGAUGUUAGUGCUAGGAAAUUGCUAGAAUAUAUAUAUAUAUGGUUUGAUAAAGGAAAUAAGAUUUAAUUAAAUAUUAUAAUAUGACAAGCAUAUUACCUAUAGCUAUGUAGCAUUGAUGAAUAGUAAUAAAGAAGAAUAACAUUACAUAAUGCACCUUUAACUUUUUAAGGUAAUACCGUACUGUAACUACUAACUUUACUAUUAUUUUUGCUACAAAACAGCUUGAAAUAAUAUAAUAUUUAAUUCAAAUUACGACAAUGAAGGGAUAUACAUGGUAAGAGGGCAUGGUCAGGACACAAGGCCUAAACGAUAGGAAUACUUAACAGUGGAGGUGCUGUGGUUGUAUGUAUUAGUUUACCCAAUAUACCGACCGCGACGUUUUAUUCUAUUAUUUUAAUAUUAUAUGCCAAUAAUAAUAGUACUCUCAUUGAUUUGUAAAAAAAUAAUCAUAAUCAACUGUUAUUGUAUCAUUACGAUCCCGCAGCUACCUCUUAUCGGCUGCUUUUUAGAUUUUAUAAUUAUUAUUAUAGUUAACAAUACUAGGUGAUCGUUAUGUGACUGUAUUUUUUUCUUAGCGUUCAAAUAUAUUUUAAUGGUACCUAUUGUUGCCAAAUUAAUCAUCUAUAUAACGUCUUUUCCAGUGAUGUAUUUUGAAAUAAAUAUUGUGGUAGUAAUUAAAGUGUUUUUUUUUUAUUUGGCAUCCUUGUUAGCUUUUAUAGCUUCGUUUAUAUAAUGGGCAUGCAGUUUAGGCCUUUGACUGUCGACAGAAAACUGUCGAAGGCAAAUCUCCGCUAACGUUGGUCACCGGUGCCCUACGUGGCGGUUAACGUGUUAGUUAGAAAACAAUAUGGGUAGAAACGAACCAGAUGAUAUGAAAUAUGUUUUAAAUCGGAGGCACCCAGAUCCGUAUGAUCCCUAAGCCAAACUAGGCAAGUGUCUAGGGCGCCAGGUCUACAAAAGGGGAGUCGCGAGACGCGAGUGCCCAACGGCCCAUAGAGUGGCGCCGGUGCCAAAAAGUUUAAGGGUGCCUUAGAGGUAUUUACCUAGGGUC